AUGGUUCUCGAACGAGUAAAGCAGCUGGCACAGCAAGUGUCCAACGCUGUCUCUCCCGCUCAUCCGUUCGACCCUCUCUCUUCUCUGGAGAUUGAGACUGCGACCUCGCUCCUACGCAAGGAGUACGGCAAGCUAUACUACAAUGCCGUCACAUUGCUUGAGCCGCCCAAAGCUCAGAUGCUCAAGUGGUUGGCGGAUCCAAAGGGCACCCCUAAACCCCGCCGCAUCGCCGAUAUUGUGGUCAUUACGCCCGAUGGCAAAAUUUACGACGGCCAUGUCGAUUUGGAGGACCAGAAAGUUCUCAAAUGGGAGCAUACACCUAAUGCCCAGCCUCUGAUUACGACCGAGGAUCUGAAUGCUGUCGAAGCCGUUAUGCGCAAAGAUCCCGGAGUCAUCGAGCAAUGUGGUAUUCUUGGAAUUCCUCCCGAGGAUAUGCACAAGGUCUACUGCGACCCGUGGACCAUUGGUUACGAUGAACGAUUUGGCAACGGUGUCAGACUUCAACAGGCACUCAUGUACUACCGACCUCAUAUUGAUGAUUCCCAAUACACAUAUCCUCUCGAUUUCUGCCCAAUUUACGACUCCAACAAGGGGCAAAUCAUCCAUAUCGACGUCCCCAAGGUUCGCAGGCCUCUCAGCAAGGCGCCUCCCAACAACUAUCACGUAAAGUCCAUUGAAGAGCUGGGUGGUUACAGGACCGACCUCAAGCCCAUCAACAUCACUCAGCCAGAAGGCGUCAGCUUCACUAUCAAUGGCCGCAUCAUCGAGUGGCAGAAUUGGUCCAUUCACGUCGGAUUCAACUAUAGAGAAGGUAUCGUACUCAACAACAUCACAUACUUUGACAAAGUCGAGGGCAAAGCGCGCCCCGUCUUCUACAGAUUAUCACUUGCCGAGAUGGUUGUCCCAUAUGGCAACCCCGAACACCCUCACCAACGCAAGCACGCUUUUGAUCUCGGCGAGUACGGCGGCGGUUACAUGACCAACCCACUUAGUCUGGGUUGCGAUUGCAAAGGCAGCAUCCACUACAUGGACGCCGAGUUCGUCAACAGAGCUGGUGCGGCCAUGACCAUCAAGAACGCCAUUUGCAUCCACGAAGAAGAUGCAGGCAUUCUGUUCAAGCAUAGCGACUUCCGCGACGAUUUCCAGUCCACCAUCGUCACAAGGGCCCGGAAACUGAUCAUUAGCCACAUCUUCACUGCCGCCAACUACGAGUACUGCGUCUACUGGAUCUUCCACCAGGACGGCACCGUCCAACUCGAGAUCAAACUCACAGGUAUCCUGAACACCUACGCCAUGGCUCCCGGCGAGGACACCAAGGGCUGGGGAACAGAGGUGUACCCUGGUGUCAACGCUCACAACCACCAGCAUCUGUUCUGUCUCCGCAUUGACCCGAACAUCGACGGCCCCAACAAUACCGUCUUUCAAGUCGAUGCGGCCCGAGGGCCAGGUGAAGUCGGCUCUGCGGAGAACUUCUACGGCAACGCCUUCUACGCGAAGAAGACCAAGUUCACCAACCCGAUUGAGGCCAUGUCUGACUACGACGGAUCCACCUCGCGAACCUGGGAGAUGUGCAACGAGAGCAAACUCAACCCCUACUCCCACAAACCGGUUUCCUAUAAGCUGGUCAGCAGGGAGGUGCCGACGCUGCUUCCCCGGGAAGGCGGCCUGGUUUGGAAACGUGCAGGUUUCGCCCGCCAUGCCGUGCACGUUACGAAGUAUGCCGACGACCAAAUCCACCCCGCUGGUCGUCACGUUCCCCAGACAUCCGGCGAGCCGUCCAUGGGUCUACCACAAUGGAUCAACGCCAACCCGAGUGAGAAGAUCGACAACGAGGACAUCGUGCUCUGGCACACGUUCGGCAUCACGCAUUUCCCUUCGCCGGAGGAUUACCCCGUCAUGCCUGCAGAGCCGAUGACCUUGCUUCUUCGACCGCGAAACUUCUUCGUCCGGAAUCCAGCGCUCGAUGUGCCUCCCAGCUACGCCAGGACGACUACCCAGGUCCUGGCUGGCAAGACAGGCUGUGGGUGCUCGGACAAGGCCAGCGUUGCCGUCUGA